AUGACGGUACAUGUGUCCGCACCCAUCCGUCCGUCACACGACGUGGCUCAAAGUGUCGUUGUGCAGGAGAAGAGCCGCUGGCUCAAUGGCCUGGUCAAGAAGGCGAAGCAUCCCAAAGUCCGCUCAGGAUGUUCCACCUGCAAGCAGCGGCGUCUCAAGUGCGACGAGAACAAGCCAUACUGCCUGCGCUGCAUCAAGUCUAGCCGAGAGUGUGCCGGCUACAGUCAGCUCCGGGCCAGUGCCCCCGUUCGGACACCAGCACGUGAAACCGAACAUCAGUCUAUCACAGACCAAGACCAUGAGAUCCUACACCACUUUAUACGAGAAGCAGCAGACCAACUUUCUGGAUUCAGUUUGUCACUGAGAGAAUUCUGCCAAUGCCUCGCGCCACAGAUGGGACACGAGUAUCCCGCCGUCAAGUAUGCCCUGUUUUCCAUUGCAGCAAGAACACAAGCCGCCGCCUUUAGAUGGAAUGGUCAUCGAUCGAGGGCAGAAGCGAUGGCCCAGAAGUCUAACGCCUUGGUACACUAUAACAACUCGAUCCACUGUCUGACCGCCGCCGCCGCUAAAGUGGUACCUCCAGAAGUUUUCCUCGUUUGCGGUCUACUUUUUGCAGCGACAGAGCACUGGCCACAUCGAGACAUGGCACCUACAGUGCACAUCUUGACUGCGUUCAAGCUAGUGCUGAGGGGAACAUCCCUGUUGCCUGAAGAAGUUAAACAAGCCAUGUUUCCAUUCUUGGUCCAUAUGGGCCGUAAAGCCCUGGCAUUUUCCGACGACAUCCCCGAGCAUCUAGCCUCCGAGAUGAGGUCUUUCGUCUGGAUCAAUAUUGGGCCUCCACAAAUACCGACAGCUUAUACGUCAUUGAAAGAGGUAUGGAGCUUAAUGGAUACGUUGCUCAACUUUGUUGCAGCCUUCUCACCGAAUGACCCGACUUUCAAUUUCGAAGCACGACCGAGCCUGCUCAAGUAUGCAUCGGAGCUUCAGAGAUCCAUCAUGGAAACAACGGAGCAACUACGUGACGCAGGUCACGGCCUGAAUAUGGAGUGCAGAGCACUGCUCAUGCACCAUCGGACGUUGCAGGUCAUGUUCGACGUCAACCAAGUGGACAACGAGAGCAUCUACGACCUAUUCACUCCGGACUUCGAGCACAUCCUCUAUGAAUGCGAAGCUAUCUGUCAAGAAGGAUCCUCUAUGAAGGAGUACAAAGGAAAACCCUGGCAUGCAACACUCGGGAUUCUGGCGCCCCUGUUCAUCGUCGCCACAAGGUGCCGAAUAGCGAGACUUCGACACCGAGCUAUCAAAGCCCUCCACUCAUCAAGGAGGCGCGAGAGACAAUGGAACAGCUGCAUCGCCACCAUGCUGGCACGCUUCGUCGUACACACAGAAGAGAAGAACCGCCAGCCAGGCCAAACCGGCCCCCUCUCAGAACUCUACAGAAUCCGGCUCGACUCGGUCGUCUUUGACCGAGAUGCAGAGAGGAUAUACGUUACAUACACCAACCCAACGACGAGUGAGAUCGGCCAGGCACUGCUGUCGUGGAAGCCACGGGAUAACAUAGAUGAUGAUUUUGAAUGCGUUGCAAUAUCUCGGAAGAACCUGCACGCAUCGGGGUACGGCGGGAUCAUGCUCGUGACGCCCCCGAUUCAGUGCCAGUGUGGGAAUGAUGACUACACGGCGAGAUGA